GCGGAGAGCGGGGGCGGCCCGUCAGCGCCGGCGGCGGGGGAGGAGGAGCCGCCGCUGGGACUCGAUUCGCUGGUGGAAGAAGCGGCGGCGACCGCGGCGGCCAGCGCAGGGUUCAGAUUGACGGCGGUGAGGAGAGAACCGGCGGUGCGGCUGCAGCACGGGGUCAGCGGGUUGGAGCCGCUGGCCUGGUCGGAGGACCAUCGGGUGUCGGUGAGCACCGCCCGCAGCAUCGCCGUGCUGGAGCAGCUCAGCGACGUGCACAGCGGCGGGCAGGAGAUGGUCAUCCAUCGCACCGCCGUGCCCGCGCCCGGCGCCGCCUGCCUGCUGAAGGUUGGCCCAAAAAAGGAGGUAGCAGAAUGCAAGGAGAAGUUUGCCAAUUCCAUGGAUCCGACUGUUAGUCAAACAUUUAUGCUGGAUCGUGUGUUCAAUCCAGAGGGAAAGUCGCUGCCGCCGAUGCGAGGUUUCAAGUAUUCCAGCUGGUCACCACUGGGCUGUGAUGCCAACGGAAGGUGCCUGCUUGCAGCUUUAACCAUGGACAAUCGAUUGACCAUCCACGCAAACCUCAACAGGCUGCAGUGGGUGCAGCUGGUGGACCUGACGGAAAUCUAUGGGGAGCGUUUGUACGAAGCCAAUUACAGACUGACGAAGGCUGACACUCCCAGGGGAGAAUUAGAAGACUUCUCUGAAUUUCAGCGACGGCACAGCAUGCAGACCCCAGUACGCAUGGAGUGGUCGGGUAUCUGUACCACUCAGCAGGUCAAACACAACAACGAAUGCCGGGAUGUUGGCAGCGUGCUCUUAGCAGUGCUCUUUGAAAACAGUAACAUUGCGGUUUGGCAAUUUCAGCUUCCGUUUCUGGGUAAGGAAUCAAUUACUUCUUGCAAUACCAUAGAGUCCGGAAUAAGUUCUCCGAGUGUCCUGUCUUGGUGGGAAUAUGAACAUAACAACCGAAAGAUGAGUGGACUUAUUGUAGGGAGUGCUUUUGGACCAGUUAAAAUCCUUCCAGUCAAUCUAAAAGCAGUCAAAGGCUACUUUACGCUCAGACAGCCCGUAGUCUUAUGGCAAGAAAUGGACCAGUUGCCAGUGCAUAGUAUCAAAUGUAUUCCUCUUUACCAUCCCUACCAGAAAUGUAGUUGUAGCUUAGUGGUGGCUGCAAGAGGAUCUUACGUGUUUUGGUGUCUUCUGUUGAUAUCCAAGGCAGGUCUGAAUGUCCAUAAUUCCCACGUGACAGGGCUACAUUCUUUGCCAAUUGUAUCUAUGACGGCGGACAAACAGAACGGCACAGUGUAUACGUGCUCCAACGAUGGAAAGGUAAGGCAGCUGAUUCCUAUCUUUACAGAUGUUGCUUUAAAGUUUGAGCACCAGCUGAUUAAGCUCUCAGAAGUGUUUGGCUCUGUAAGGACUCACGGAAUAGCUGUUAGCCCCUGCGGUGCAUACUUAGCAGUUAUUACGACCGAGGGCAUGACUAACGGCCUUCACCCUGUUAACAAAAACUACCAAGUUCAGUUUGUUACCCUUAAGACUUUUGAGGAGGCAGCUGCACAGCUCUUGGAAUCUUCUGUACAGAACCUUUUCCGGCAAGUGGACUUGACAGAUCUUGUGCGCUGGAAAAUCUUGAAGGAUAAGCAUAUUCCUCAAUUUUUACAGGAAGCACUGGAUAAAAAGAUUGAGAGCUGUGGUUCUACUUAUUUCUGGCGGUUUAAGCUGUUUCUCCUGAGGAUUUUAUACCAGUCAAUGCAGAAAGCUCCCUCAGAGGUGAUGUGGAAGCCUUCCCACGAGGAUGCAAAAAUACUGAUAUCUGAUUCUCCUGGAAUGGGCAGCACUGAAGAUGAUCAAGAGGAAGGAACCUCUAAACAAGCCAGCAAGCAGAGCCUAUGUGACACAGGCAAAGGUAUGGACAUAGAUGACACUGCAGAUGAUUCUCUUCCUCAGUCGAGUGACAUAGGAGGCCGUGAGCCAAUGGAAGAAAAGCUUCUUGAAAUACAGGCACAAAUUGAGGCAGUAGAAAUGCACUUGACACGAGAACACAUGAAACGGGUGUUGGGAGAAGUUUAUCUACACACAUGGAUUACAGAAAACACCAGUAUUCCCACCAGAGGAGUCUGUGAUUUCUUAAUGUCCGAUGAUGGAUAUGAUGACAGAACAGCACGAGUGCUGAUUGGGCAUAUCUUAAAGAAAAUGAACAAACAGACUUUUCCAGAGCACUGCAGCUUGUGUAAGGAGAUCUUGCCAUUCACUGAUCGCAAACAGGCAGUCUGCUCCAAUGGACAUAUUUGGCUCAGGUGCUUUCUAACCUACCAGUCCUGUCAGAGUUUGGUAUACAGGAGGUGUUUGCUUCACGACAGCAUUGCACGGCAUCCAACCCCAGAAGAUCCUGAGUGGAUCAAGAGGUUAUUGCAAGGACCCUGCACGUUCUGCGAUUCUCCUGUGUUCUAGAGAAGAGUUAUGUAAAGACUGAAACUAUUUUCUUGACUGCAUAAGCUCCCUUCACAGUCUAGAAUGAUACCAAGUGCAGGAAUAUAAACUUUACUGGAAGGGGAGGACUCUGUCCAUGACCCUGUAAAUAGAACGCUGGAUGUUCUAGAAACUCCCUAUGUCCAGAGGCCGUUCCAUGCUCCAGAAGCAGAAGUACAUCUGGAAGAGUGAGCUCAUAAAACAGUUUAGAAAUGCACCCCAUUGAUGUGUCAGCAGCUGGACAUGCUUCCUUUUACUGAAAACAAACUGAAGUCUUAAGCACACAGAGUGAACUGUCCUCUCUGCAGGACAACUGUGUGAUUUCCCAAAAGCUUGGAGGGAACGGCGGAGCUGCCUCUUGAAUAGCCUUGGCAGUAGAUACUCAGUAUACCAUUGCCAGUUUAUUUAACCUGAUUUAUGACUGCUGGGAGAAUGGAAUUUUAAAGCCAUUGAUGUCAGCUUUGUCUGCAUGCCAGUGGAGAUCCUUUAGCACAAAGCUUUCACUUCUCACCCUGACCCAUUCACAACAGAUACCCAGAACUCCUGCUGCUCUGUCACCUGGGACCUAAGCAAUGGCACAACUGCCUCUAUGUGACUAACCAGAGCUGUUUCCAUUGCUGCAACACAGCAG